UCUGCUCAGUCCUGCUUCGGAUCUCUCUGGCUCCUUACCCCAGCCCAUUUGUUCUUUGUAAGGCAAUAAGGAGAAGCACAUAUGGAGGUCCGGUUCAAGCAGCCUCCUCACACUCAGGAUCAAGGUGGCGAUUUUCGGUCCUUCCCUUGGAAGGUGUGGCAUUUUGGAUUCAAAGCAGAGGGGUGGCAGAUUUUCAACUUGCAGCCUGGCUAAUUUCCUGCUUCUUCUGGCACCAAAAGGAGCUGGAUUCCUGUCCUGUGCAACCAAGGCGACAGCUGUCAAAGUGGCAAGGAUUCCUGCGAGCCGGUCCCUUAAGAAAUUCUGGAGGAUUUCCUUUGGAUAACAAAGUCUGUGGAGGAGGGCUGAAAUUUCUUCGAAAAUGCAGUGGAUUGUGAUGAGUGACCAUUUUAUAAACCAAUUAACCAUGAUCAUACUACAAAUUGAUGCUGGAUAGAAAAAAGAAAUCACCAGACUGCCUACAUUCUCAUAAGGUCUGACCGGAGAGCCCAUUGGAGGAGAAAGGCCACGUGACACAGGGGUGCCAAUGUUAUUCUUUACGGGUGUCAAGACCCUGUCAGUUUGUGAAAUAAAUAUUGGGAAACAACGAAAUGCAAAAAGCGACCUACUACGACAGCUCUGCAAUCUAUGCUGGAUACCCCUACCAAGGAGCAAAUGGUUUCACUUAUAAUGCAAGUCAGCAGCAAUAUCCUCCUUCCUCAUCACUGCUGGAAACAGAGUAUCAUCGACCUGCUUGCUCCUUGCAGUCACCUGGCAGUACAGUGCCACAUCACAAGGCCAAUGACAUAAACGAGACUUGUAUGAGAAGCAUUGACAGUCAAUCAAACCAAGCCCCGGUCAUCUCAGAGCAGCAGCAGCAGCCCACACCACAAGGGCCUCCUCCCUCUGUGUCACCACCUCAAAAUGCCAGUAAUGCAGCCACAGCUUCAACCACCAAGGCCACAAACAUCACUUCACCUACCAUGUCAAAGCAGAUUUUCCCAUGGAUGAAAGAAUCUCGACAAAACACAAAACAGAAAACGGGAAGCUCUAGCUCAGGUGAGAGCUGUGCUGGAGACAAAAGCCCUCCGGGGCAAUCCUCUUCUAAGAGGGCCCGCACCGCCUAUACCAGCGCUCAGCUAGUAGAACUGGAAAAGGAGUUCCAUUUUAACAGAUACCUGUGCAGGCCCAGAAGGGUGGAAAUGGCCAACUUACUUAACCUUACAGAGAGGCAAAUCAAAAUCUGGUUCCAGAACAGACGCAUGAAAUAUAAAAAGGAUCAAAAAGGGAAAGCUAUGAUGACCUCUUCAGGAGGGCAGUCACCUUGCAGGAGUCCUAUACCCCAACCGUCUAUUGGAGGCUACCUAAGCUCUAUGCAUUCAUUGGUGAACAGUGUCCCCUAUGAGCCUCAGUCUCCUCCAUCGUUUAAUAAACCCCAUCCAAAUGCCUAUGGUGUGCCUGCACCUUACCCAAGCCCCCAUAACAGCUGUCCUCCCCAUCAGAAGAGGUACACAGGAACUGCUGCUGUCACUCCUGAAUAUGAUGCCCAUCCGUUCCAAAACAGCAGUGGUUAUGGAAAUCCUCAUGUACAGGGAAGCCCCGUCUAUGUAGGGGGCAAUUAUGUGGAUACCAUGACCAAUACUGGAUCUUCCAUGUUUGGCCUCUCUCAACUUUCCCACUCAUCUUCUAACACGGACUACAGUGGACCUGGACCAAUGAAUAGCAGCCACCAUCAUGGACCAUGUGACUCACAUCCAACCUACACAGACCUAUCUUCUCACCAUAGUUCUCAGGGAAGAAUCCAGGAAGCACCCAAGCUGACACACUUGUAAUUAUAUUGGGAAAUUAGAUAACCUUUUUUUCUACCUUCAAUUAAUUUCUUUAUUUUAUACUCAUCCCCUUUUUUUAUUUUAAGCAAUAUUCAUUGCUGAACAUGCUCUCUAUGGUGCAUAGUAUAUUUUGUCCCCAUGAACUCCACUUGGAAAUAUUUUCUUUUGCAUUUUAUCACUUUUAUCAAACAGGGUAUAUGAUCAUAUUUUAUAUGAACACAAUCGUCUUGAAUGUGAAUUUGCUCCUAUACUUCUUAUCCCACAGGGAACGGAUUUAAAUUAUUGCACUUCCUUUAUCUCACUAAAUGUCAGGCUAGCGAUCAGUGCAUUACAAACCCAUUGUAGUGUACUAGUCAUCCGUCUGGCGCUCAGUGGGUUAAAUUGCUUGACAAAUAGCAAAAUGCGCUUUGGACAGGGUCAUUCUGGAUCAUAAUUAUACUUGUAAGUCAUUUAAUGUGUGUAUACUGGUACAUUUACUCCGGUUAAUUUAUUGUUUCUUUUUUUUCUGCAAGCAAAAAAUAUCGAAGUGUUUACAUAUUAUUUAUCCCACAUUUCAUAUUUAUAAACACUAUAUACCCUUACUAUUCAGGUCGUGGUACUUGGCCUUCUGUUUGAUGGCAUCAUUACAUAGGGAUUCUUGUUUGAAUUUUUUUUUCUUUAUAAAUGCAAUAAAAUCGGAGAAAAAAAACUUAAGAUAGACAAUUAGCAUAUUUGUUUGUAAAUUUUAUUAAUGAUAGAUUCCAUAUUUUUGGAUUAAAAACAUGAAAACAAUAAAACAUGCAUAAAAUAAUGCAACCUGCAUUCAUCACAUACAGGGAAAUGAUAGGUUUAAGGUGACUGAGUUUAUUCAUUGUACGUUUUUUGCCCUUUUUUGUUAUAGUUAAGCAGAGUAAAAUUACUGUUGUUGGGGGA